GAUACAAAGGAGGAGGUCUCAGAGAAACCAAAGUCUGCUCCGACCGCAGAGAAAUACGGCUGGAUUAAGAAAAGCAGUGGGGGGCUCCUGGGAUUGUGGAAGGAUCGUUACAUCCAGCUACGGAAAACACAGCUUGUGGUCUAUGAGGAUGAGGAUGAACAGAAGUGCAUAGAAACAGUGGAACUGGAGAGUUAUGACAAGUGCCAGGAACUCCGUGCGCUACUAAAAAAGAAAAACCGUUUCAUUUUAAUCCGCUCCCCGGGUAAGAAGGUUCAUGAUAUCAAAUUUCAAGCUCCAACUUUGGAAGAAAAGGAAUCAUGGAUAAAAGCUCUUAAUGAAGGGAUCAAUAGAGGCAAAAACAAAGUAUUUGAUGAGGUGAAAGUAGACGAGAGCCUUUCCUUGGACCACGUAACUCGGGACAGAGUGAAAAUGACCCACGGACGCAGGCCACCCACGAGAAGUCACCUAAAGGAGGCUGCCAAGUGUACAUCAGACGGUAUCCUGCGACUAGAUCUGGAUAUAGUAGACAAUGGACCGCCAAACUUUGAUUCCACUAUCAGCGAAAGUGACAAUGUGCCACCUCAGAAAGAAACUCCAAAGCCACCUAUGCCACCUACAAAACCCACUGGCACAAAAGAAAACCAAGAUGCAGAGAACAAUGUUCCUGACCAGGAACAUAAAAAACCUCUGUCUCCUCCGUUGCCUCCAGAUAAGAAGCUUAAGGAAGGCACAGCAUCAAAGGACAAUGUAAAUGCCAAGGAAGAGGACUCUGUAAGCCCAGAGGAGAAUGUGGAAGGAUCCCAAGCACCAAGUGAGGAGAACAGAGAGAACCUCAUUGAGGUCAGCAACAGGGGCAUAGCAAAAGCUCCAAUUCCUCUUCCUAAGAGCGUGCCAGACAAGCUAAAAGUAGCUUGGGACCAACCAGUCCUUGAGCCUAAAAACGCAGAAGACCUGAAAUCAUCAGGAGAUAGUAGCAAAGACAACCUUGCUGAGAAGCCUCCUGUUCCUCCUAAGGUUCUGUCAGAAAAAAUGCUAGCCACAAUGAACUCCAGCCAUGGUGACCUGGAAGCUGGGGUUUGGGAAGACCUGGAGUCUGGCAGCUCCAAGCCCCCGGUGAAUGGGAUCUCAGCCAGCGAGGUAGCAGAGUCCACAUCCCCAACAGCUGAAACUGAAGAAGGAAAUGGGAGAACCUCUGCCGAGAAGGAACAGCAAACUUCAGCAGAAGAGACAGAGACUUCCUUAGCUACAGAAACAGGCCAUGAGAGUGUAAAAGCACCUAUUGAGAAGAAAGCGUCUGUAGAAAGCACUUCAGGUCUCAAACUUCGCAGUUCUUCUCUGGGAGACUUGCUGUCUGAUUCCAAAAAUACACAGAGAGCACUUCCAGGCCAAGGUUUCCCCAAGGAUUCCCAUCACUGCUUAGCUAAAAUGGAGGAGAAAGUUGCUAAUGAAAGGGAAAAGGCAGAAAAACUCCUGCAGAAGGUUUUACGUGAAGGGUUGGAACAGGCCCAGGAGGGGAACGGACCCCCAGUGAUGGCAGAGACAUUGCUCAAUGAGGCAGUAGAACAACUUCGGCAAGCCUCACAAGUUUUGCAAGAAAUUAAAGGUCUUGGAGAACUGAAAAAAGAAGCAACACAGAAACAGAAAGAAAAGCAAAAGGAUUUAGUGACUCUUUAUAGGAGAAGUGCUCCCUAA